AUGCCCUGUAUGCAAGCCCAAUACAGCCCUUCAGCCUGCUGCUCAAGUUAUGCUGCUCAAACUUCCUAUGGUUCAGAAUACAAUCCUGACAUCAUGAAUCCUGACUACGCAAAGCUGACAAUGGAAUUAAAUAGUGCUGAGAUCAAUGCCACUGCUGCCACCUCUCUGCCCAGUUUCAGUACCUUUAUGGAAGGUUAUUCUGGGGGCUAUGAACUGAAGCCCUCCUGCCUAUACCAAAUGCAGUCUGUCUCCUCUUCUUCAUCACCUUCCUCUGCAAGCCAGAGACCCCUCAUCAAGAUGGAAGAUAAUCGGAUGCACAGUUAUCACUCUUCACUUUUUCUAACAGUGGAUGAAGGCAUGGCCAGCACCUCCAUGUACUUCAAGCAGUCCCCACCCUCUUCACCUUCUACCCCUGGGUUCAUACCCCAACAGAUCUGGGAUGAAUCACCCUCACAUUCUCUUUCACCAGCACAGACUUGCAUGGCCCCAUGCCACCUGGUAGACACUGCCCCUAUGAAAACCAUGCCUGGCCAUUUUCCACUUUUCCAUUUCAAGCAUUCACCACCCCAUACACCUAUUGCAGGUGGCCACAUGUGCUAUGAUGCCACUGCCUUGAGCCUACCUAUUGGAUCAGAUAGGCCUAGAGCUAGUCAAGCAGCUAUGGAAAAUCAUCCAUAUGGGCACCCCAUGUCCAGGAGAGCAGCCACUUUAGCUUUUGCACCACUGGGCCUCAAUACAACCAGUUCCAACCUUCUAGGUGAGAGCAGCAGUAGUAGCAGUGGCCUUCCCUCUCCAUCUAGCAGAAGUUCUUCAUCAGGAGAAGGAACUUGUGCUGUAUGUGGGGACAAUGCUGCUUGCCAGCAUUAUGGUGUGCGGACUUGUGAGGGAUGUAAAGGCUUCUUCAAGAGAACAGUUCAGAAAAAUGCAAAAUAUGUUUGCCUGGCCAAUAAAAACUGCCUAGUAGAUAAGCGUCGGCGAAACAGAUGUCAGUACUGCCGAUUUCAGAAGUGUCUCAGUGUUGGUAUGGUAAAAGAAGUUGUCCGUACUGACAGUUUAAAAGGAAGAAGAGGCAGGCUACCUUCAAAACCAAAGAGUCCUUUGCAGCAAGAACCUGUGCAGUCCUCGCUUUCAUCUCCUCCAGUCAGUAUAGUGAAUGCUCUUGCACAAGCCCUAUCUGAUUCUGCACCCCAAGAACUUGAUUACUCCAAAUUCCAGUGUUCAUUUGAAUUCCAGCCAAUCCACAGUACAGAUGCAGAGUAUGUACAACAAUUCUACGAUCUUCUCACUGCCUCCAUUGAUAUAUCUAGAGACUGGGCAGAAAAAAUCCCAGGAUUUACUGAUCUCCCUAAAGAAGAUCAAACUUUACUCAUAGAAUCAGCUUUUUUGGAACUUUUUAUAUUGCGGCUAUCUAUGAGAUCUGACAUUAGUGAAGACAAGCUUAUUUUCUGCAAAGGGCUUGUACUUCAUCGACUUCAGUGCCUUCGUGGAUUUGGGGAGUGGCUUGAUUCAGUUAAAGAUUUUUCUUUAAAUUUACAAAGCCUCAACCUUGACAUCCCAGCCUUAGCAUGUUUGUCAGCUCUAAGUAUGAUUACAGACCGUCAUGGAUUAAAAGAACCAAAGAAAGUGCAUGAUCUAUGCAACAAAAUCUUAGGCAGCUUGAAAGAUCAUUUGGCCUUCAACUGUCCGAGCAAAAGACAACACAUUGAGUCUGCAGAAUCUAAAGUUCUUGGUGUUCUCGCUGACUUGCGUGCCGUCUGCACACUAGGACUGCAGCGGAUCUUUUACCUGAAAUUGGAAGAUUUAGUGCCACCUCCUUCCAUUAUUGACAAACUAUUUUUUGAUACCUUACCAUUCUGA